AUGCAGGAAGAGAGCGCAAAUGCUAUGGAAUGGGAGCAGCUGCCAACAGAGACGUGGCGACAAGUGACCAUUCGCCGAGACCCUAUAUGUGGCUUUGGCUUCGUGGCUGGCAGUGAGCGGCCCGUGGUGGUGCGAUCUGUGAGGCCAGGAGGCCCCUCUGAGGACAAGCUCCUGGCUGGUGACCAGAUUGUGGCUAUUAAUGAGGAGGACGUGAGUGAAGCCCCCAGGGAGAGGUUCAUAGAACUCAUCAGGAGCGCUAAGGAAUUCAUCGUUCUUACAGUUCUGCACACUCAUCAGUCCCCCAAAUCUGCCUUCAUCAGCGCUGCGAAGAAGGCCAGGCUGAGAUCGAAUCCCGCGAAGGUCCGAUUUUCUGAGCAGGUGGCAGUUGGAGAAACAGACGCAAAAAUGAUGAAGAAAGAAGCUAUUCUCCUCAUCCCCAACGUCCUGAAAGUUUUCUUAGAAAAUGGGCAGAUUAAAUCAUUCACUUUUGAUGGCCGGACCACUGUUAAGGAUGUGAUGGUAACAUUACAGGACCGUCUUUCCCUGAGGUACAUUGAGCACUUCGCUCUAGUCCUUGAGUAUGCUGGGCCGGAACAGAACCACAAGUUCCUGCUUCUCCAGGACAAGCAGCCUCUGGCUUAUGUGGUACAGCGGACACACUACCAAGGAAUGAAAUGCCUCUUCCGAAUCAGCUUCUUUCCCAAAGACCCCGUGGAACUGCUGCGUCGGGAUCCCGCUGCUUUCGAGUACCUGUACAUCCAGAGUCGGAACGAUGUUAUCCGCGAACGCUUUGGAAUGGACCCCAAGCCGGAGAUGCUUUUGGGCCUUGCUGCCCUCCACAUCUAUAUCACGGUCUCGGCCACUCGACCUAGUCAGAAGAUCUCGCUCAAGAAUGUGGAGAAGGAAUGGGGCCUGGAACCCUUUCUUCCCCCCUCCCUCCUACAGGGCAUCAAAGAGAAGAACCUCCGGAAAUCUCUCUCACAGCAACUGAAGGCCCACCAAACACAUCCUUCCACUGGCACCAAGGGCUCUGCAAUUCAGGCAAAGCUCCAGUAUCUUCGAAUUCUGAAUGAACUUCCAACAUUCACGGGCGUUUUGUUCAACACUGUGGGCCUGGACGAGAAGCAGUCAGCCACCACUCUCCUGGUGGGACCCCGUCACGGCAUCAGCCAUGUUAUUGACCUCAAAACCAACCUCACCACUGUGCUGUCCGAGUUCAGCAAGAUCAGUAAGAUCCAGCUGUUCCGGGAGAACCAGGGCGUGGCCCGGGUGGAGACCAGCAUCAUGGAUGCCAAGCCUCUGGUGCUGUUGAUGGAGUGGCCCGAAGCCACCAACUUUGCCUGCCUGAUCGCAGGGUACUGCCGUCUCCUGCUGGACUCCAGGAAGAUGGUCUUUUCCAGGCCUGCCAGCCAGCCUCUUCCACCUCCAAUGAUCAAGGCAGAUUACAUGCACAGCGCCCACCGCCCUGUCCCUGGGGGCCACCUGGGGAAAAAGGAGAGUAGUUAUGUGGGCAGCAUGGGCACCAGCCCCAGGAAGUCGAGCCGCUGCACGCCCCCGCCUGCCGACUCUGAGCUUGUCAGCUUUUGCUACCUCCACAUGCGGGAACAAAGGAAGGAACAGGAAAGCCGGACGGACGUCAACGAGAACUUAAUCUUCUUUGAGGAGACCAGGCCCCGGACCAAGUCUGACCCCACGUCCAAAAGCUCUGGCCAAGGCUACGACGUGAUCCCCGAUGACUUUGACGCAGCCAGCCUCGACCAUGAGCCUUGCGCCAGCAGGGCCCGGUCCUACACCUUGGACAAUUCCCUUGGGGCCGAAGCCCUGAAUUUCUACUGUGACUCUUGCAAAGCCAAACUCCAGGAGCAGCUGGGCCCUCGAAAAGGUGGGAGGCCCGGCUCCUCUCGUGACAAUAUGGUAGACUUGAUGUCCCUGCCACCGCCUGGGAGCGAAGAGGAAGAGGAGGAGGAAGAUGAGAGCACUUCCCUGUUGCCUGCCAUUGCCGCCCCCCCUCCUGGUUUCCGAGACAAUAGUUCCGAUGAGGAUGACCCCAAGCGCCGGGCGGCCCAGAGCCAGGAACAAGGACGCCACCUGCGUGGGCUCCUGUAUGAUGAGAUUCCAGUGACACUGAUCGACAGCGUGCAGCCCCGGACAGUCCGAGAUCAUGCCCAGGAGCUAGAUGAUGCCCUGGUGUCCACUCUGCAGGCUCUGGAAGCCCUGGCAGCCUCAGAGGAUGGACCGCACCCCCCACCCCCACAGACUGCAGGUCUGAUUGUGCUGGCCACAAUCACCCCUGAAUCAUCGCUGGACUCAGGCCACGAAACCAACUCUUCGGAGCUCACAGACAUGUCAGAGAUGAUGUCUGCCAUGAAGCAGCACCAGAACACCACCUACUUCCUGGCCCAGCACCUCAACAAGGAGAGCCUCCUGGCUCGCAAGGACCUGCCCUUCCGGAUCCAGAGCUGCGCGGCCCAGGCUGUCCUCACGGCCCCUUACUCUCUUGGGCGUCCAGAUCCCAACCCGGCCCUGCAGCCAGCUGUCACAGGCCAGAGUCCUGGCCCCCCUGGCGCUCGGAGGAAGCUGCCCCCGUCAGAAUCCCAGCCACCACAGCGAGAGAGAGCAUACGCCCUGGCCGUGCACCCAGCAUUGUCCCCACAGCUUAGUGAGCAGAAGAAUCUGAGCCUGCUGUCCCCAGUUCCUGAGGACAAAGGGCCUGGCCACACGAGGGCAGGCCUGGAGAUGUCCCUCAGGGCAGCCACACCAUCCCUCAGUGAAGAGCAGGUCUCUGAGCUAAGGGAGAACCUGCCCAAAGAAGUCAGGUUGAGCCCCAAGCUUAUCCUGGACCCGAAGGGCAGCGUGACCCCAGCAAUCAUCUCGGCUGCCCUCCAGCAGGUGGUUCACCCUAAGAGCCUACCUGCCCCUGGCGGGGCCAUAGUGAACCCUCCCAGCAGUGGGGAGAGAAGGCUGGAGGCCAGCAUGGGGAGGCCUGAGGUCAGCAUGGGAAGAUCAGAAGUUAGCAUGAUGAGCGGCGGUGCCAGUAAGAAUCUGAAGUUCAAAAUGAGCCCCGGUGCUCCAGAGACCUCACGGAAUUCCCAGCAGCCGCUGAGCCCAGAGGUCUCCUCUGGCUCCAGAGCGCCCACAGGCAGCCGGGCCGACAGCCUGCACCUCUCCCCACAAGAGGACCGGCUGCCUGGGCCAAGUUUCCCUCCUAAAAGCUACCUUGCACGAGCGAGUCGAGAGUCCCUGAGCAAGCCGUCUCUGGGGGAGGUGGCAGGCAAGGCCGGGCCAGAGGGGGCUAAGCCCUCCCUGCACAAGCAGGGCGCCGUCUCCGGCCAGGGGGAGAAGGGGCAGCUGGAGAGCAUGCCCCAGAGCAGCAAGAUUGAGGAGACCAGCCUGGUGCCCCGAGCCGGCUACUCCAUGGCUCUACAGAGCCCCAGCUGCCAACCUCGAGGCCAGAGCCCGCUGAGGCCCCAGGCUGCCAGCCGGCAGGUGAGCACCAUGCCCUCCAGGAAGCUUGAGACAACCCUGGACGGAGCGCACUCGGCCUCCGAAGGCCCUGCGAAGCCCAAAUCCUCCCGAGGACCCUUCCGGCUACGCAAUUUAUUCUCUGCCACCUUCCCGACCCGCCAGAAGAAGGAGACCGAUGAGCGGCAGGCCCAGCUGCAGAAGGUAAAGCAGUAUGAGCUCGAGUUCCUCGAGGAACUUCUGAAGCCCCCGAGCCAGGGGGAGCUGCCAGGCACCGAGUACCUGCAGCCCCCCGCGCCGGGCCGCUGCAGCUGGGAGUGUCUGGGAGCUCCCAACUACCGGAAGCUGAUGCGCCGCUACAGUAUCAGUGAACCGGACCAGGGUGACAGGGCCUCGCUGACCUCAAACAUCUACCCACACCCACCCCUGGGCAUGCUGCCCAGGGAGGCCAAGGAGGUAGAGGCAGGCCUCCCCCUAGGCUUGGGUCCCAAAACCAAGUCCCUGGAGUCGCCGACCCUGGGAGAGCCCUCAUACGUCCAGGUUGCCCCUGAGACCAAAGGCCCCAGACAGAUGGCAGUGUUCUCGCUGCCAGAAGAGGUGUACCGGAAGCCCGCCGAUCUGGACGAGGACAGCGAGAGCAGCAGAUGCUGCUCCAUCCGCUACUGCUUCUACUACCGCAAGUGCGACAUGGCGGAUGACGCCAGCGACAGCAAGGACGAGCUCUCCUACUCCAUCCCCAUGAAGAUUCUGCCCGGCAUGAAGCUGGACGAGCAGGUGGUGCCCGUGGUGAGCAGGACCCUGCAGGUGCUGGAUGCUGCCACCUGCAGCGGCAGCAGCCCCGAGGCCUCCCGCACCCAGGAGAUCGACCUGCGGGCGUCCACCUUCGAGGGGAGCCUGGCCAAGAUCAAUGCCCUGCGGGCCCACGCCUAUGGCCUGCCCGACGGCUUCCUGGCUGCCAGGCUGGACACCAAUGAGCUGCUGACGGUCCUGCGCCAGUGCGUGGCCAGCCCCGAGGCCCGCGCCCCGAAGCCCUACGUCUCUCAGAUCUCCGAGUACAAGCUCGAGCUGGCUCUCAAGUUCAAGGAGCUCCGGGCUUCCUGCCGCCGCGUGGCCAACGUGGACAAGAGCCCGACUCACAUGCUGGCGGCCAUCACGGGCAGCUUCCAGGUGCUGAGCAGCCUCAUCGAGACCUUUGUGCGGCUGGUGUUCAUCGUGCGCUCCGAGGCCCAGCGCCAAGAGCUGCUGGCCAAGGUCGAAGAGGUGGUGAGGAACUACACCUUCCUACUGCGCGCCGCUGAGGAGUCCACCACCCGGAACCUUAACCAGCAGCAGCAGCAGCCGGCCGCCGCGGCGGCUGUCGGGGCGGCCUCGGGGCACCCCCCGGGCUCCCCGACUCCAGCGACUGUUAUGAGCACAUUCACCCGCUCC